AUGGCGUCCUCAGCAGAUGUGUAUGUCUUUGGCGAUCAGAGCACGCCCGUUCUUGAUAAAUUGCAAGCCCUUGUGCGCGUGAAAGAUAAUGCGCUUUUGACUUCUUUUCUCGGCGAGGCGUUUUUGGCUGUGCGAAGAGAGAUUAUUUCGCUCUCGUCUUUAGAGAGAAAAUCAAUUCCCGAGGCUGAGAGCUUGAGUUUGCUUUUGGAGGGCGUUCGGAGGAGUGAGCCUCAUGCGGCACUGGAUAGUGCUUUUGUGUGCAUUUAUGAGAUUGGAUACUACAUUGAUUAUUUGGCUCGUUCGGACAAGCAACAUCCACCGGCAACUCCGUCAUUGCUACUCGGCAUUUGCACUGGUAGCAUUGCAGCCGCUGCUGUCAGCUGUGCCAAAGAUGUUUUCGAGAUCUCGAGACUGGGAGUUGAAGCUGCGACAGUUGCCUUUCGACUUGGAAUGCACGUUCGCAGAAGAGCCGAGAACCUUGGGUACUCGACACCUUCGAGCUGGUCUAUGAUUCUAUCUUCGAAUCAGGAAGAGCUCGUUUCAGAAGCUCUACAAGAAUUCUCCAAAGACAAGAAUCUUACAUCCAGUACGCGCCCCUACAUCAGCGCCAUUGGGCCUGGUUUCACAACAAUCAGCGGUCCCCCAUCCAUCCUCGAGUCACUGAAGGCUUGCGAUGCUUUCUCUGGAAAGAGGUUAUAUCCAGCUCCCAUUUAUGGUCCUUACCAUAAUUCGUCAGCAUACUCAGAGGCCAGCCUCGAACAUGCCCUCGCAUCAAUCCUCGAAGACGUUGAGUUCCAAGAGAACAAGAUGCUCAUUCCCAUCAUCUCCUGCGCCUCCGGAUCUCGCUUAGACCAAUUGCCUUUCGGGAACCUCCUCAAGAACGUUUUGAGCAGCGCACUAUCUCAACAAAUCCGCAUGGAUCUCGUCACCAACGCUUUAGUCGAAACCGUUUCUGGCGCUGAAGCUACCUUGAUACCAGUCAAUGCCCAAACAACUGUUUACAGUCUCGCUGACUGGCUGGCCAAGAGAGGAGCCACAACACGCAUGGGACCAACACUUGAGAGCCUGGCCAAAGAUCAAGCAGAACCCCACCUUGCUCCUGGCGACGAGAACAAGAUUGCCAUCAUCGGUUUCAGCGGUCGAUUCCCAGAAGCCGACAACCUCGACGAGUUCUGGGAUCUUCUGAUCCGCGGCCUCGACGUCCACAAACCAGUCCCAGAAGAGCGUUUUGCUCGUGACCACUACGAUCCCACUGGCCAGCGCAAGAACACUAGUCAAGUCCAGUACGGCUGCUGGUUAAAAUCUGCAGGCUACUUCGAUACUCAGUUCUUCCACAUGUCGCCCAAGGAAGCCAUGCAGACUGAUCCAGCUCAGCGACUUGCCCUGCUCACAGCUUAUGAAGCUCUAGAGAUGGCUGGUGUCGUGCCGGACCGAACGCCCUCAACCCAGAGGAACCGCGUGGGCGUUUAUUACGGUACUACGAGUAACGAUUGGGGCGAGGUGAACUCCUCGCAGGAUGUUGAUACAUACUACAUUCCCGGAGCAAAUCGUGCCUUUAUCCCUGGCAGGGUCAAUUACUUCUUCAAGUUCACCGGCCCGAGUAUUGCUGUUGAUACUGCUUGCUCUUCGAGUCUUGCUGCGAUCAAUCUUGCGAUCACGUCGUUGAAGAAUCGGGAUUGUGAUACCGCGAUUGCUGGUGGGACCAAUGUCAUGACGAACCCGGACAACUUUGCAGGCCUCGAUCGCGGUCAUUUCCUUUCUCGCACUGGAAAUUGCAAGGCUUUUGACGACGGUGCGGAUGGUUACUGCCGCGCUGAUGGAAUUGGCACCUUGAUUCUCAAACGCCUCCCCGAUGCUAUCGCGGACAGUGAUCCAAUCUUUGGAGUCAUCCUGGGAGCACACACCAACCACUCAGCAGAGUCUGUCUCUAUCACUCGGCCUCUCGCAGACGCCCAGGAGUACCUCUUCAAGAAGCUGCUGAAUGAGACCGGUAUCCAUCCUCACGAUGUUAGUUACGUCGAGAUGCACGGAACAGGGACCCAAGCCGGCGAUGCAGUCGAGAUGCGCUCAGUCCUCAACUCAUUCGCCUUCGAUCACAGCCGUCCACGAGAUAAGAGCUUGUAUCUCGGCUCAGUCAAAGCAAACGUCGGACAUGCUGAAUCAGCCUCUGGAGUACUCGCCAUCAUCAAGGUGUUGCUGAUGAUGCAGAAGAACACGAUCCCUCCGCACUGCGGCAUCAAGACCAAGAUCAAUCAAGGUUUUCCGAAAGACUUGGAUCAUCGUGGCGUGCGCAUUGCUCUGAAGGAUAGCGUGGAUUGGUCUCGACCCGAGGGCGGUAAGCGCAGGGUGUUGGUGAACAACUUCUCUGCUGCUGGUGGAAACACUUCGUUGCUGCUUGAGGAUGGUCCUGCUGCUCAUCCAGCACGACAGCAUCAGGAUGGGGAUGCUCGUACUGAGCAUGUUGUGGCUGUUUCGGCGCGAUCUACCAAGGCUUUGGAGGAGAACUUGAAGGCUCUUGAAGCUUUCAUCGCCAACUCUUGGGCUCCGGAGGGUGAGCUUCUUUCUCAGCUCUCAUAUACCACUACUGCUAGACGUGUGCACCACAGUAGACGGGUUGCGUUUGUCACCAACGGUCUUGAUGACUUGAGGAAGUCUCUUCUCAAGGCUGCUGCCGGUGCUGGGCAGGUCAAGGGCAUCCCUGCAGUGUCGCCCAAGGUCGGAUUCUUGUUCACUGGCCAGGGAGCGCAGGAGACUGCCAUGGCUAUUGGGUACUACAAGAGCUUCUCAUCUUUCCGAUCGGACAUUCACCAGCUUGACUCCAUCGCCACUCUUCAAGGUCUCCCAUCCGUUCUCCCACUCAUCCACGGCACAACGCCCGUUGAGGAUCUCUCUGCAGUUGUCGUGCAGCUCGGAACGUGCAUCAUCCAGAUCGCACUCGCCCGUUUCUGGAUCAGCCUCGGCAUUGCUCCCCAGUAUGUUAUUGGACACAGCCUGGGUGAGUAUGCUGCUCUUCAGAUCGCUGGUGUUCUUAGCGUCAACGAUGCCAUCUUCCUCUGUGGUCACAGGGCAGCCUUACUGGAUAAGCAUUGUACUGCCUAUACGCAUGGCAUGGUCGCUGUCAAAGCGGCAGCUGAUGAUUUGAGGCAGCACAUCUCAUCUGACUUAAACGUUGAGAUUGCUUGUGUUAACGGCGCUGAAGACACUGUCCUUAGUGGUCCCAACGCGGACAUUGAGACGCUUUGCGGGAAGUUGACUCAAGCUGGCUAUAAGCUUCACAAGUUGGAGAUUCCGUUUGCCUUCCACUCGUCUCAGGUUGAUCCCAUUCUCGAUGACCUCGAAGACCUGGCAUCCCAAGUCGAGUUCCACGAACCCAAGCUUCCUAUCGUCUCUCCUCUUCUGCGCACGCUACUCACUAGCGAUACCCUCGGUCCUCAAUACAUCAGACGACAUUGUCGCGAGACAGUUGACUUCCUCGGUGCUAUCAAGAUGGCUGAAUCGAAAGGCAUCAUGGACCGAAGCGGCAUUUGUAUCGAGAUCGGAGCCCACCCCAUCCUCACGCGAAUGGUCAAGUCAAUCAUCGGCCAAGACUUCCGGUGCCUUGCUUCUCUCCGCCGCAAGGAGGACCAUUUCAAGACUCUCGCAGAUUCAGUUUGCGCUUUGCAUCUGGCUGGCUUCUCUGUCAAUUGGGACGAGUACCAUCGUGACUUUGCUUCUUCUCGCAAUGUUCUUCAGCUCCCCAAGUAUAGUUGGCAGCUUGCCAACUACUGGAUGCAGUACAAGUACAGCUGGUGUCUCACCAAGGGUGACGUUCCCGUUGAGAAUGGUCCGGUUGGUGCAGUUGCGCAGACUAGGGCACUGAGGCUGAGUGAUUCAGUGCAUAAUGUCAUUGAGCAGGUUCAUGGUGACAAGAGAAGCUCCAUCACGGUUGAGUCUGACAUGCAUGACCCGUCCCUCUUGGCCAUUGCGCAGAACCAUCGUGUCAACGGAUUGACUAUGGCUCCUUCUACUCUCUUCGCUGAUAUCGUCUUCACCCUCGCCAAGCACCUCAUCCAGAAUCACGGUCUCGAUGCGCACACGAACCUACCUUCCAUCAACAACAUGGCUGUCGAGAAGGCUCUCAUCGUUGGAGAGACUGGCCCUCAGCUGUUCCGAGCAGCUCUCGAUAUGGACUGGACCGCUAUGCACGGUUCAAUCCGCAUCUUCAGCGUCGUUGCAAACGGAAAGCAGACCACUCUCCAUGCAGUCUGCGAUGUCGCGGUCGAGAACCCAAAUUCUCACCGCGAAAACUGGCAGAGUAACGCGUACCUGAUCCAGCGAGGCAUCAAGCAGCUCGUCCAAGGCGCCAGUGAUGGUUCUGCUCACAUGAUGCGUCGUGGUCUCUUGUAUAAGAUCUUCUCCAACUCGGUCCAGUAUGGGCCUGCGUUCCAAGGUAUCGAGCAGGUCUGGUUUGACAGUGAAGGCCUCGAAGGAACAGGCAAGGUCUUAAUGCCCUCGGGCAAAGACACUUUCGCGCUCAACCCGUACUGCUGCGACAGUUUGGGUCACAUCACUGGCUUCAUCAUGAACUGCAGUGAUAGCCUGGACCUUGAUGAUCAUGUCUACAUCAAUCAUGGCUGGCGGACUCUUCGUUUGGUUGAGCCUUACCAGUGUGACGUGCAGUAUCAGACAUACGUCAAGAUGCAGGCGGUUGGCUCUGAUGAUUCGACUUACAGUGGCGAUGUCCAUGUUCUUCGUGAUGGUAAGAUCAUCGGUAUCUGUGGCGGUGUUACUUUCAAGAAGGUCGCUCGCAAGGUACUCGAGAUGCUUCUACCUAAGCCUUCUGGUGCCAAGUCCAAGCACGGCGCUGUCAAGCACAUUGCUCCCGAGCCCGUCAAACACGUCGUUCUCACUCCCCCAUCUACCACUAGCCAUAGCGUAGGCACAGCAUCACCUCCCGAGCCAACAGAGUCGCCUGUCGGCUCUGCUUCUGGCCUCGUUCAGAAGGCCCUCGAGAUCAUUGCUGAUGAGAUUGGCGUCGACAUCUCUCAGCUCACUGACUCUACACUGUUGGCGGACCUGGGUGUCGAUUCGCUCAUGUCAUUGACUAUUCUGGGCAACUUCCGAGAAGAACUCGACUUGGACAUUCCAGCAGCGCAGUUCUACGAGUUCUCAACAGUUCAGGAUCUCAAGUCCUUCCUUGGAGCCAACGACCAGGACUUCUCAAGCUCAAACUCUGAGGCGGAGAGCUCUGCGUCUGGCGCUGCUUCAACAUCCCCCAGUGACCAUGGAGAUGAUGUCGUCGAAGACGUCAAGCCUGUAGUGGCAGAGAUACCUCGGUCAACCUCUACGAUCUUGCAGGGCACCAAGCACUGUUCUCAAACACUCUUCCUGUUCCCCGACGGCGCUGGUUCAGCAACGUCUUAUGUCACUCUCCCUUCCAUUUCGUCCGACAUGAGAGUCAUUGGGUUGAACAGUCCUUACCUCACCAAGCCACAUGAGUUCAACUGUGCUCUCCAGGACAUCACAGGCUCUUACUUGAACGAAGUGCGUCGACGCCAACCUCAAGGCCCUUACCAUCUUGCUGGUUGGUCAGCCGGAGGCGUCUCAGCCUUCGACGCUGCUCGUCAGCUCGUCUCUGAGGGUGAGGUAGUCGAGAGCCUCAUCCUGAUCGACUCCCCCAACCCGGUUGGUCUCGGCAAGCUUCCAAAGCGUAUGUACGACUUCCUCGAAAAGUCAGGUAUCUUUGGCGCUUUCGAGAUGGGAGAAGAAGCCCAAGCGCCUCCCGAUUGGCUCUUCCAGCACUUCUGUGUCUUCAUCGAGGCUUUGGAUAGGUACGUGCCUGAACCGUUUGAGCAUGGUAUGGCUCCCAAGACAACCAUCAUCUGGGCUGCAGAUGGUGUGUGCAAGAACCCCGAUGAUCCCCGUCCUGAGGCACAGCCUGACGAUCCUCGGGGAAUGAACUGGCUCUUGAAUAACAGGGAGGACUUUGGACCGAAUGGUUGGGAUGAGUUCAUUGGCGCUGGAAACAUUAGCACAAUGGCAAUUGAGAAUGCCAACCACUUUACUAUGAUGAGGGAGCCAAUUGCGUCGGCUCUUUGUGCGAAGAUCCGGGAAACGAUGGGCGUAAAUUGA